GAGCCCCCGCGCUCCGGCCGGGUCAGGCCGGGCCAUGGCGUUCCUCUCGGGCCCGCGGCUGCUGGACUGGGCCAGCUCGCCCCCACACCUGCAAUUCAACAAGUUCGUCCUGACCGGCUACCGGCCGGCCAGCAGCGGCUCUGGCUGCCUGCGCAGCCUCUUCUACCUGCACAACGAGUUAGGCAACAUCUACACCCACGGCUUGGCCCUCCUGGGUUUCCUGGUGCUGCUGCCCCUGACCAUGCCCUGGGGACAGCUGGGAGGGGGCGGCUGGCUGGGGGGAACACACUGUGUGGCCUGCCUGGCGCCCCCUGCAGGCUCUGUGCUGUACCACCUCUUCAUGUGCCACCGUGGGGGUAGCCCUGUCUACGCCCGGCUCCUUGCCCUCGACAUGUGUGGGGUCUGCCUCGUCAACACCCUCGGGGCCCUACCCAUCAUCCAUUGUACCUUGGCCUGUCGACCUUGGCUGCGUCCAGCAGCCCUGGUGGGCUAUACUCUCUUAUCUGGGUUGGCAGGCUGGCGAGCCCUCACUGCCCCCUCAACUAGCGCCCGGCUUCGGGCCUUUGGCUGGCAGGCAGGAGCACGACUGCUAGUGUUUGGGGCUCGAGGGAUGGGGCUGGGAGCAGGAGCCCCAGGAUCCCUGCCCUGCUAUCUUCGAAUGGACGCAUUAGCAUUGCUUGGGGGGCUAGUGAACGUGGCCCGGCUGCCUGAACGCUGGGGGCCUGGUCGUUUUGACUACUGGGGUAAUUCCCAUCAAAUCAUGCAUCUGCUCAGUGUUGGCUCCAUCCUACAACUGCAUGCUGGUGUUGUACCUGAUCUGCUCUGGGCUGCCCGCCAUGCGUGUCCCACGGACUGAGCUGUUUUUUUUAAUCUGCAAAAAAAUGCUCCCAUUCCUUGAAGCUGUAGAAGGUUCCUUUUUUCCUUCAAGGCCCCCCAAAAUCUAUGGCCUUGUUUUUCCCUAGGUCUCCCUUUUCAGGUCUAUGGAGCUUUCACAUGUUGCCUAAUCAUGAGCUCUUCUUUAGAGUACCAAAGGUUCUCAUUUGAGUUCCCUAAAUUUAUACACUUUUUCUUCUUCAGGACUGUAGAGGGCUGUCCCACUCCAUAGAAUUCAUUACUUUUUUUAUCUACUCCAGAAUAUGUUCUCACAGCCUGUCAUGUUUUCUAGAGCUAUUUCUGUGAUGACAGCUCACUCCAAGAGGUAGUAUGAUGUGACUAAAUGACUGACAGCAUCAGGAGACAAUGGAUUAUAGUCCUCCACUAUUCUACUAUCCUGUACUGUGACCUGAGACAAGUCAUAGGGCCUUGGGUCCCUUAUCUGUAAAAUGAGGGGCAAGCUAUGUUUUAUAAUUCUGCAACUGAGCUUUCAUCUAGGUUUCCAACUCUAGAUGUCUGCAUAUAUGCCACCCCUUCUCAGAGCCAGUAAUCAAUAACCUUACCUGUUAUCUCAACCCCUUUUGUUCUCCACUAAAUUGGAUGGGGAGCAGUGAAGGACUCCCCAACUCCUCCAGUAUCUGGUGGCCUUAAGCACCACCUCUCAGAAAGCAUUUGCACAACUAAAGUCUCCUUCCCUGGCAUGUUCGCCCCUUAUAUUUAACUUUGUACAAGCUCCACCUCUAAGAUUUUUCCCUUCCCUCUCUCCCCCUAAAACCUCCCCUACACACAAACAACCAUGGAAUUAAGGAUACCAAACACCAAGAUGUCUGCUUCUUGCACAAGGCCUCUUUGCACAAGGAUUGGGCCAGGGUGGUCCCUGCAGAAGAAAAUUCAGCUUCUUACAAAGACUAUCACAACCACUCCUAAACUAGGGCAAAAGACUAGUUCUCUGGUCCAAGAAUUCAGGCUUUUUCUACUCGGCAUAAGAUGGAUCCAGAGGGUUUUUAAAUGCACAAGCAAACUUUAAGCCUCACCUGUGGACUGAAACUGCCCAGGUCUAAACUCCUGCACUUUUUGCCUGAGGAUGGUGCUCUUUGACUGUUGGACUUGUAAGAUUGGAAACCUCUCCAUUCCUGACAAAGAUGCAACUCCAAUCUCCAGUCUUCUUGUAUGAGGAUGCUGGCCUUUUGGAACAGAAAUGUCUCCCACCCUAGACCUUAUCUUUGGGGUUGGUAGAACCAAGGAUAAAAUCAAUAAAUGGAGCAGGAUGAGCUGAUCAGGAAA